AUGGACCAGAUCGUACUCGGCGAGGCGGCGUCCAGCCUGCGCGACCAUCAGCCGACGCUCGAGGCCAACAUCACCAGAAUCUGCUUCAGGAACGUCUGGAUCGCAGAGACCGCCCACUUCCGGCCAUGCUUCCACCCAGUGGUCGCUGCCAUUCCUGCUGUUCUCGCCGCCGUCGUUCUCCUUGUCCAGAUCCUACGACUCCUCAUCAAGUGGCGACCACGUUGGACUCGGCCGUUCGUGGAGGAGAUCGUUGAGCCGAUACUCGAAGUCGAUUUGGUGCCUACGAGGACAUGGACGGUACACACUCUUGGACUUGCUGUGCUCAGCAUCACUGGCUUCACCCUCCAGUUGGCUGCAUCAAUUCUGAGCGGCUCGGCGUCGAUCGCAUUCAUACCCGUUCUGCCAUGGCUCGUAGCAGCUCUCGAGGUCGGAGUUUACAGGCCGAGGACGAUACCAUAUGCUGUGCUGUCGAUUACGACCUUCCAGGUCAUUUCCCAAGCAAUACUGUUGGAGAACGGCUUCUGGACCUCGACACCUCGAAUACUCAGCAUCUGCAGCGCAGUCACUGGAGGACUCACACUAGUAGUCCUGCUGUUGAUGCCGUUCCGCGAUCCUCUCCUACCAUCAAAAGACAUCAGCAAACCCUUCUCGCCACCAUCAUCUGUGCUGAGAAGUCCAGAAGAAUCGUUCAGUCUUUGGCAAUUCAUGACAGUGGCCUGGAUGAAGCCAUUGAUGGACUUGGGAAGCAAGCGCCAACUCGAAAAUGAGGAUGUCUGGUCUUUGCCCUACGACUUUCAGCACCGCCGACUACACGACAACUUUCGUGAGCUGAGAGGCACAGUGAUUCGGAGGCUCAUCUCAGCAAACGCAAUCGACCUGAUCUUUGUGGUCAUCUUGGGAGUAACAGAACAACUUGCUCAGUACGCAGCCCCAAUUUUUCUACAGCUUAUCCUGAGCUCGAUGGAGGACCCGGAGAGGCCGAAGAGAGUGGCCUUGACUUAUGCAGCCAUCUCAUUAUGCGCACGCCUGCUGGGCGCACAAACCGGCGUGUUUGGUCUUUGGUUUGGACGUAGAUGUUACGAGAGGUCGAGAGGCGAGAUGAUCACGAUGCUGUACGAGAAGACGCUGGGCCGGAAGAUAUCGUUCAAAGACAGCACGAAGAAGGACGAGAAGCCAAGCGAGGAUACGGCCAACGGUCAAGCGAAUGGCACAACCACGUCGAAACAGACACUAUCACGAUGGGCUUCACUUCGACCGAAGAUCUCAUCCUGGUUCAAGCAGUCCAAGCCAAUGCAGGUCGAGAACGAGCCUGCAUCGAUGGGCAAGAUCCUGAACCUGAUGCGCAACGAUGUCUACGAAGUGGCGCAACGAUUCUGGGAAUUCGAUGACCUCGUCAAGAAACCGAUUGCCAUUAUCCUUUCAGUAUCGUUGGUGGUCAAUUACCUGGGCUGGCCGUCUUUGAUGGCGGUAGCGCUGAUCAUCCUCUCGCAAAUCAUCAACUACAUCCUGGCACGAGUGUUGAUACACUACGAGAAGAAAAGACGGGUCGCAACAGAUUCGAAGCUGCAGAUCAUAUCACAAUUCGUGGAAGCCAUCCGACACUUGAGAUGGUACGGCUGGCAAGGACAUUGGCUUGCUCAGGUUAUCACUGCCCGACAGAAGGAGCUUGCGCUGCGCAUUGUAUCAUCCAUCUGGGUGGUAGUUAUCGGAUUUGUCAACACUCUUGCGUAUGAUCUGACGCCGGUGGUCGCAUUUGCUACCUACACGAUAAUCGCCAAGAAGCCGCUUACAGUGGACAUUGCAUUUCCCGCACUUCAGCUUUUCAGCAUGAUGACUUCACAACUGAGGGAUCUACCUGGACUCAUUAUUUCGCUUAUCAAUGCUUGGGUGGCAGUUCGACGUAUUGAGGAUUUCAUGGCAGAGCCGGAUCUGGAGCAGAUGGCAACGGAAGCAUUGAUAGGCGACAAGCUUGCCGUAGAUGAUGGCUCCUUCUCGUGGCCCGGCUCAUCGGACCUUGUCCUGAAGCAGAUCAACGUCUCUUUUCCCGAAGGCCUCACUGCCAUCUGUGGAGAGGUUGCAUCUGGAAAGACUGCACUGCUUCAAGCUCUUCUCGGAGAACUGGACAUGCACAAAGGUCAGCUCAUCCGCCCACCGGACCCAAUAGCAUACUGCGCUCAGACUCCCUGGCUACAAAGCAUGAGCGUACGAGAGAACAUUCUUUUCUCUGCACCCUACGAAGAUCAGCGAUAUCGUGCCGUUCUCGACGCUUGCGCACUCACACCAGACUUGGCGGAAUUCAAAGGCGGCGACUUGUCGAAGAUCGGCGAGAAUGGCAUCGGACUGUCAGGAGGCCAACGAGCACGUGUGGCACUGGCUCGAGCUGUGUACAGCAAGAACAAGAUUUUGCUCCUGGACGAUCCGAUUGCAGCAUUGGACCAACAGACUGCAGAAGCUAUCGUCAAGAAACUCUUUUCUGGACCAUUGGUUGCUGGCCGCACGAUCGUGCUGGUCACUCACCGCACCGAUCUCGUCCUGCAUGUUGCGGACCAGGUCAUCAAGCUCGAAGCCGGCCAAGCGACAGUCCUGGACCACGAGGCUGCAGCAGCUGAUGUGCAGCUCGCCUCGGCUCCCAAGAAGCCAGAUGAAGAGGCUGCGGAAGAGGAAGAAGAUGCAAAGAAGGCCGCAGCUGCCGUACCAGACAAGUUCAUCGAGGACGAACAUCGAGCCUAUGGCGGAGUACAGGCUCGUGUCUAUUGGGAAUAUAUCAAAGCUGGAUACCUCCCAUUCUGGGCCGUCACGAUCGUCAUUCUCGUUGGAUACCGAUUCUUCGCUCUCGGAGAAGCCUGGUUCCUAAAAGCUUGGGGUGAAGCUUACAACACGAAGGCGCAGGCUUCUCUCUUCGUGUAUUCAGAAGAUACUGCAUACUCGACUCAAGACCUCUUCGACAAUCUGCCACCACCCGAAGAUAACAUCAAGCCAUGGCUGCUGGGACUGUUCGUUCUUGCGCUAGGCAAGUCUCUCACCUACAUUGCUUCUCAAGGCAUGCUGGUGGUCAUCGUCUACACCGCUGCCAAGAACAUGUUCCGAGACAUCAUGGAGAAAGUCGCAUAUGCCACCUUCCGCUUCUACGACGUUACUCCUGUUGGACGACUGAUGAACCGUAUGACUUCUGAUAUCGGCGUCAUCGAUGGAGGCAUCAGUAUGCAGUUCUCUGCCAUCUCUUGGAUGCUGAUCAGCUGGAUCUCGUCGGUAGUGGUCAUUGCAUCCAUCACACCCACUUUCCUGGUCUUCACAGUCAUCCUGGCGGUACUGUUUGUUGUGGUCUUCAGGCGAUUCAUACCGACCUCGCAGAAUCUUCGUCGGCUGGAGAUGGUCUCUCUGACGCCGCUUAUGUCCAACUUCGGCGAGCUUCUCAACGGACUAGCCACCGUUCGAGCAUUUGGCGCACAAUCUCGCUUCCAAGAUCGUGUCAUCCAUGUCGUUGACACAUUCCAAAAGAUGGACCACUUCUACUGGAGUCUGCAAGCCUGGCUGCAGUACCGUUACGAUAUAUUGUCUGGAUUGGCAACCUUCCUGCUCUUCGUCCUCGCUCUUGCAACAAACCUAUCGCCUGGCCUGACAGCGUUUGCGCUGCUGUCCGCAUCUAAGUGGGUGAACACAACGCACGGUCUUUGCCGGCAAUAUGGGCAGCUGCAGAUGGAGUUUGUCUCGGUGGAGAGGAUCGUGGAACUCGUCCACCUAGAACAAGAACCUAAAGGCGAUGUCUCUCCUCCAGCUUGGUGGCCUUCAUUCGGAGGCGAUAUCAUCUUCAAGGAUGUGGUCAUCAAGUAUGCGCCUCAUCUCGACCCUGCGCUGGCUGGCAUUACGUUCACUGUGAAAGGUGGCUCGAAGACUGCCGUUAUUGGCCGCACCGGCUCAGGCAAGAGUACGCUCGCUUUGGCCAUGCUUGCUACUGUCCUGCCAGACAUGGGUCAGAUUCUGGUUGACAACGUCGAUUUGGCGGCAGUCGAUAAGCAGUGGCUACGCACGAGAGUCACUUUCCUCGCCCAAGACCCUGUACUGUUCCCUGGCACCAUGCGCCAGAAUUUGGAUCCAGUCAACGAGCACACCGACGCAGAGUGCGAGAUCGUACUGAGCCGGGUCUGUGAGCGUCAAGGCUGGAGUCUGGAAACGACGAUCGAAGCCGGGGGUAGAAACCUCAGCCAAGGUCAGCGCCAGCUCGUCGGCUUGACCAGAGCAGUACUCCGGCGCAGCGCCAUCAUCAUCCUAGACGAAGCGACCGCAUCCAUCGACCGAGAGACGGCCAUGCAGAUCCAGCAGGUCAUGCACGAGGAAAUGAAAGACAGCACGGUGAUCACCAUCGCACAUCGGCUGGAAGCUGUGAAGAACGCGGACUAUUGCAUCGUGCUGGGGAAGGGUAGGAUCAUCGAGCAAGGACCCGCUGAGGAGAUGCUCAAAGAGCACCGUGAUGAAGUCGAUGAGAAUAUAGACGAUUGA